AUGACCAGCAAAGAUGACACAGGCCUCGGCAAUCUUUGCGAAAAGGUAAAAGCCCUGAUACCAGAAGAGCUAGGAGAAGACUCAUGGUAUCUGCUCGUCGCCGCGAUUCUGGCCCAGUCGACCCAGCCGCAACUCCUGGCCACACUAUACCAACACCUCUCCACAAACCGAGAAGCCAACCUCCAGAUCUCACUUCGCUUCAGAGACAUCCUAUUGAAGCAAGUCACGCUCGUUGGUGCGCCGCAAGUGCUGUGUGCACUCAUUCCUCUCGCCAAGGUCGACUGCGUAGAUUAUGGUCACGACGAUCCUGCCUCGGCCACGAAGGCCAGCAAGCUCUCACCUGAAUGGACAGAUUUUACAGUUUCCGGUAUUCACGCUCGAGGCACGGGCACCAUCGAGUCGAUAUAUGGGCCGUUGUUGCCGAAGAUCUUCGACUCUUUCGGAGCUCACAGCAAGGACAUCGAGUUCAUGGAAAAGUUCACGGUCUACGGCUUGUAUCUGAGCGACUUCACGCAUCUCUCAGCGUUGGAAACGGAGCUGGUGGUCUUCACCACGAUCAUGUGUCUGGGGUUCAAAGGUCCUGCAACGUGGCACAUGAGGGGCAUGGGCAGACUGAUGGGCGCUCGAGGUACGGAUGAAACAACAAAAGUAAUGACUAGGAUCAAGGACAAUUUGAGGAACAUCAAGGUCGCAGCGAUGGAGGUUGUCGAAUGGCUAGGUCCUGAAAUGGUCAGCAGGAGCAGUCUCGAGGCUGAUCCGAGUGACUCGAGUGGUCGAGGUUGGCCGAACGUUGGCGACGUCGUCCGCAAUCUUUCUUCGUGGGGUGACGACGAGUUGCCGAGAUAG